AUGCUCCGCAGGGUUCGCCGCCAGAGCAAGCCUGUAAAGCCGCCUGGGCAUUAUGCAUCGGCGAGGGAGAUCGAAGCCGCCCUGCACGAGCAGCCGUCAGGGCAGUUGUCCGCGCCGUCCGGCACACCGUCGCCGUCGACGUCCGCGUCCGCCACGCCGUCAUUGUCAUCGUCGCCCCCACCGAAGCGCCGCAAGGGGAACGAAGACGACGCCGCGCAAGACGCGGGCCGGCAGUCCAGGGAGCCCCGUGGCGGCGGCCGUGCCGAAGGCAGCGGCGAAGGCCGUGGCGACGCGGGAUCCCGCUCCGGAGCGGCGGCCUCCCCGACUCGAGCACCGCAAGCCCGCGGCGCGGACAGCCGGUCCCGGAGCGAGAACAAAGCGGAACCCAAGAACACCAAGAAACGCCGCACGGGUACAACGGGCUACAAGAUCAAUAAACUCGGGUACAAGAGUACUCUUAUCCCCCUUGGGCACAUCCCCGGGCCGAAGCAGUCCAAGGGCGCAGGGCCGUCGACGAGCGUCAUGCGCGACGUCAUCAAGGAAAGCCUGCCCGGAGCGGUCAAGUUCCGCAAGGACGGGGUUCUCCGGAAGGUGUUUUUCGAGUAUUUGCACCUGCUCGUGCAGCUGGUCAGCCGACGGGCGAACUGCGCCAAGGUCAUCGUGCAGCACGCCCUGCUCCUGGCCCUGCUUCGCGAGUCGGACAGCAAGGACAGGGCUCUCGACCUCGAGAGAGACGCCGGGGCGAGCAGGAUGUUCUACCAAGCGAUGACGGGCACCGCGAGGGAAAGGAACCGCCCGUCGUUCGCCAACGGGCUCUUGCCGUCCAUCGAUGCGUUGAACGACAAGGGGUUCCCGGCGAAGCUGGAAGGGGGGUUGGAUGCGUGCGCUGCAGAACGCAUCCUGGGGGACUCGCUCGCCUUCCACAGCGCUGCUGACGAGCUGGCGCGAGCCUUCCUGGCAAGCAUUUGUCUCGACAACACCUUCAAGGCCCGCCAGCGCAAGGUCAUCCGCGCCUGGCUGCGGGUGAAGGCGCCCGGUGACCACCGUAAAGUACGCUUGCGGCGUCUCAUCUACAUUGUGGGCAAGAUCAACGGGGACCCGAAGGCGGAGCAGAUGGACGACAUGAAGCCCGGUUCCGUCAACGCGCCGACGCCGGAGAUGAUGCAGCUGAUCGCAGAUCACCGCGAGGCCCUCAGACCGCGCGAGUGGAAGGAGUGGCGCGAGGGACAUCUGCCGAUGCGCGACGACGACGGGCACAUCUUGGGCGAGUACACGUACAAGGCGGAGGCACCGGACGUCGUGAGGGGUGAGAAGUGGCGCGAAGAUCACCCGUGGGAGGUCCUGCGCUAUUACGCGCUCCUGCUGAAGACGUGCGAGGAGGAGGGGCUCGAGCUGCGGCAGUCCUUCACUCUGGCGCCGCGCCCCCACGCGCGGCGCCAGUACGUCGCCAUCACGACCGAGGUGCUGCAUGGACUGCUUCGCGCCUGUCGCGAUGACAAGCGGGUCCGUGCGACGAGCGAGUGGGAGGAGCACUUUGGCCGCACCAACAACGACCCCGGGUCAUUCAGCGUGGCUGGCCGGGAGGCCUUCAAGAAGCGUGCGAACGACUUCUGGUGGCCCAAGGUCUUCGGGAUGAUGAAGAAGCCGGCACGGAAGCGCAGGGACACCACGGUGCCACGCGGCAAGGUGGCCGAGGGGGAGAAGCCGAGCGCGACGACGAAGACGAAGUCACGCUUCAAGGAGCGCGCGCACGGUCCCGGCGACGGCGAGCGCAGGCGCAUGCGCGGGGCCGGUGGGUGGAAGUUCUCCAUGCUGGUGGCGACGGACGGCGCGGGAAUCGACUUCCACUUCGAGAAGAAGUGCGCGACUGGGACGGGGCCGCCGAAGGAGGCGCAGAAGGUCGCUGGCCCGCGGACGCCGCUCCAAGACCAGUGCGUCGUCGGCGUGGACAACGGCAGGAAGAACGUCUCGCAGGCCGUCAUCAAGCGGCCGGACGGCACGUUCAUCCCGCGCCCCCCGCUGACGGCCGCCCGCUACCGCACGGAGAGCGGGCAGAGGCGACGCGCGCUGCGGACGCGCGCCUGGCAGGGGCAAGUGCUCGAUCCGGAGCGCGACGUCUGGGUGCGCCCCAAGGACGACGCGGGUCGCGCGCGGGCGAGGGAGCGCGCCAAGAAGUUCGACGACGUGAUGGAGAGGUUCGUCACGGCGAAGCCGGAGGGCGUGGAGGACGCCGCCGAGCUCUACGGCACCAUCUACGACGAAAUCUGGCGGCUGCGCACGCAGCUCAAGUGGGCGCGGGAACGCUUCAGGGUGCACCGUUUGUCGCAAAAGGCCAUCAGCCGCGACCUUCGCGGUGCGAAGAGGUGUUGCGCGCGCACCGGACGCGGCAACAACGGCGUCAAGCGCCCGCCUCACCUCAUGGUGUGCGGCGACGCGGCGUUCUCCGGGUCCGGACGGGGCUGCCUGCCCGCCCCGGUCUCAACGGUUCGUCGCAAGGCCAAGCUCACCUUCCAUCCGGACUUCAAGGCCGUGAACGAGCACCACACCACCAAGGCCUGCCAUGAGUGCCAUGGGGACACGGAGGAGGUGCACACGUACGUGGAGAAGCAGCAGGACGCGAGUCAAGGCACCUCUGGAGCGCGCAAGUUUCUUCGCCUCGUGCACGACCUCCGAUGGUGCCCCACCUGCAAGAAGUUGGUGCCGAGGGACCGCAACGCCGCCAUGAACAUGGCGGAGCUGGCCGGCGCGCACCGCCCGGCCUAUCUCCAUGAUCCCGGCGCUGACGACGACGCCAGCCAGGGACCGUCCGAGGGCGACGACGGCGGCGGGGGCGACGACGGCGGGGGGGGCGGGGGGGGCGGGGGCGACGACGGCGGGGGGGGCGGGGGCGACAACGGCGGGGGGGGCGGGGGCGACGACGGCGCGAAGAAGAAGAAGACGGUGCCGUUUAAGGCGCCCAAGCCGCGCAAGGCCAAGUCGCGGCGCGGGUGA